AUUCAUGAUGACUUCAUCCAUGAUAUAAAGACUUCAGGUGUGAGUGCACUAUCUGUACCCCACUUGUCAGCUUAUUAUGUCCACCAUGCUGAAACUAUUUUUCUGUGUGGUCAGUAGCUUGUUGGUGUGGUCAAGCGCUCGAGUUCUGGACUCCAGACAGACCACGCCUUCCCAACUGAAUAUGUGCCUGGACAAUGAGGCUCAAGUGAUUCCUGGCACAACACUGGAGAUCAAAAGCCCAAACUAUGACAAUGGCUUUUACUCAACCAAUACGCGAUGUCACGUGACCUUAAAGUCUGACUCACAGGACCUUUUACUCACACUAAAUAUCAAAACUCUUGACCUUGAACUAUACAUAGUGAUGUGUGACUUUGAUUAUCUAUGUAUUAACGGGGUCAGAUAUUGCGGAAACUGGGCCAGCGGUAAUGUAUUCCAGUACAUCUUACCAGCGUACAAUGAGUUUACCCUGAACUUCAAGACGGAUUAUAGUGUUAAUGCUCGUGGAUUUGAUAUUGUGGUCAGUGCUGCCCAGUAUAACAACGAGACAGUAAACAUCAUCAAAACCGGGGUGGGCAAGGACAGCAGCUCACUUCAAACUCAACCGCUGACUCUGGACAACUUGAACUAUCAGGACAUUUGCGGAGUCGAUGCUAGAGAGACCGGUAUUAGCUACCCUGGAGCUCCGUCUGUAUAUAACAGCACAACAUAUUACCAGUACACCACUAAUAACCCGUGGUAUUAUGACUCCACAUUCUAUUACCAGUACACCACUAACAACCCGUGGUAUUAUGACUCCACAUCCUAUUACCAGUAUACCACUAACAACCCGUGGUAUUAUGACUCCACAUCCUAUUACCAGUACACCACAAACAACCCGUGGUAUUAUGACUCCACAUCCUAUUACCAGUACACCACUAACAACCCGUGGUAUUAUGACUCCACAUCCUAUUACCAGUAUACCACUAACUACCCAUGGUAUUAUGACUCCACAUCCUAUUACCAAUACUCUACUGGCUAUCCUUACUAUUACGAAAGUACCACCUAUGACCCCUACUCCACGGGCAACCCUUACUACAACCCUUACACCCCAGUAGCGUCCGCCUUCCCGUCCAAAGAUUACGUGGCCUCUUUGGUCCAGCAGGUCAUCCAGCAGCUGAAUUCAGAGAGGUACAGUCAAGAACAGGCCAGCUUACUUUUGACCCAGUUGCUGCGUUAUUUGGGAUAUUAAUGGACCUGACAUGUUGUAAAGCAUGGCUGCAUUUACUGAGCUUUCUCUUUCUUUUUCUCUGUCACUCUUUCUCUCUUUAUUUCUUUUUUUCUCUAUGGCUAUUAAAGUCGUAGAGUGUGGUAGAAUUAACUGCUCUCCCCCUCCACCCCUUUCUCUUCUCUCUCUUUACUUGUUUCUCUGGACGUACUAUUUUGUUUGGUUAAUUUUUUGCUUGCAAUAAGAACUAAAAAAAAAAAAAAAAGAAAAUAAACAUUGAAAAUUAGGUAAA